CAUCUGUUAACCCUGUGAGCACUCCCAUCUCGCAGUAUCUCUGGUUCAAAGACCAGCUGGGAAGGUCCUAAGCAAGGGAGCUCCCAGCAACAGAAGGGAGGGGCAUAAUCCAACAGUGAGGUCACAGAGCCUAAGCAGUGCUCUCUGGCAAAGGAGCCCAAGCCCCAGAAUGAACUUUGACCAGAAGGCUGUGAAAUUCCUGGCAAAUUUUUACAUCAAUGGAGGCAAACACUGGACUCGGGGCUCCCUGAGUCAGAAACCUCUUUAUCCCACCCAGGCCAACGCUGCUGUGUUAUGGUGGGACCAGGAGCUGGAGACUGCCUGGGAUGAGAUGUGGCCCCCCAAAACGAAGAGAGCACCAAGUGGCUUCAGGUUAAGAAUAGGCAACCCCGACGAGUCCACACCUAUCAGCACAGGGACUCUAAGAGAGCUGUUGCUAGAGAGACGUCCUCCAAUCCUGACGGACCCGGAUGUCCCUGGCCCAGCCCAGUAUGAUGUGCCCAAUGUGUCUCUGCGAGAGUCCUCUCCACACCCCCAAUACACCAUCGGUCGCAAGUACCCGGUUCGAGAGGGUGGUGGCCGCAGGGCAUGGCAGACCAUGUGGCUCCAAAGUGAAAGCCCCUUCAUACAGAAGACCGACUUCAACCGAGAGACAAAGUGGCCAUCGCCCGCCGAGUACACGCCGCUGAGCCAACCUGCCUUCCCGGCCUUCAGCUUUGGAGGCCGCCGUCGCUCUGCUGUCAAAAUGCACGAGAGUCGUUUCCGCCCAGGGAUGCUCCGAGCCCGAGGUCCUUGUAGCUAUACCCCACUCUUGACUACCUCAAAGCCCUCUGGCGAGAAGAGACCCAGCCCCAACACCUAUAACAUCCUUCCUGGGUACCGUCUGCAGAGCACACGCUCACCUGCCUUCUCCAUGAGCCGCUCUCCUGCGUUUGCAUCCUGGGUCAGCUCCUCCCGAACCCCAGGUCCAGCUGCCUACUACGUGGAAGACUGCUACAACUCACGGUUCCCUUCUCCGCCAGGAGUAGUUAUCCAAGGAGUGCGCAGACCCAAGCGCCACGACACAGGCCCCUUCUGCACACUAUAGGCCCAUCGGGAAUAGAUUGCAAAGCUAACCUCUCUUGAGGCUUUCCUAGGCUUCCUUUGGAACUCUUUUGUCUGUAGCCUGGCCUUCUGACCCUCUAGACACCCCUCACCCACUCUUUGUGGCUUAGGCUGUGCAACAAGAAGAGUCCCCCUCCCCGACCCCUCCCACCCACCCCCCACCCCCGCACUAUACCGAGAUGCAAAUGAUUCUUCUGAACUGUGGUCUCUGGUGUGCCUGGUUGCCCAUCCUUUGUCGGAUGGGCUGUCUUGAAUAUGUGGCUUCCUGCUUCCCUGGUA